AUGGAUGAGGAAGAGUUCUACCUGUUCAAGAACCAGUCAUCGGUGGGGCCCUGGGAUGGGCCCCAGUACCACAUCGCGCCCAUGUGGGCCUUCUACCUGCAGACCAUCUUCAUGGGGCUGGUGUUCGUGGCGGGCACGCCCCUGAACGCCAUCGUCCUCAUCGUCACCAUCAAGUACAAGAAGCUGCGGCAGCCGCUCAACUACAUCCUGGUGAACAUCUCCGUCAGCGGCCUCAUGUGCUGCGUCUUCUGCAUCUUCACCGUCUUCGUGGCCAGCUCCCAGGGAUACUUUGUCUUCGGGAAGCACAUGUGUGCCUUUGAGGGCUUUGCAGGGGCCACCGGAGGGCUGGUGACAGGGUGGUCCUUGGCCUUCCUGGCCUUCGAGCGCUACAUCGUCAUCUGCAAACCCUUCGGCAACUUCCGCUUCAACUCGCGCCACGCGCUGCUGGUGGUGGCGGCCACCUGGAUCAUCGGCGUCGGCGUCGCCAUCCCGCCCUUCUUCGGCUGGAGCAGGUACAUCCCCGAGGGGCUGCAGUGCUCCUGCGGCCCUGACUGGUACACGGUGGGCACCAAGUACAAGAGCGAGUACUACACCUGGUUCCUCUUCAUCUUCUGCUUCAUCGUCCCCCUCUCCCUCAUCAUCUUCUCCUACUCCCAGCUGCUCAGCGCCCUGCGGGCCGUGGCGGCGCAGCAGCAGGAGUCGGCCACGACGCAGAAGGCGGAGCGGGAGGUGUCGCGCAUGGUCGUGGUCAUGGUGGGCUCCUUCUGCAUGUGCUACGUGCCCUACGCGGCGCUGGCCAUGUACAUGGUGAACAACCGCGAGCACGGCAUCGACCUGCGCCUCGUCACCAUCCCUGCCUUCUUCUCCAAGAGCUCCUGCGUCUACAACCCCAUCAUCUACUGCUUCAUGAACAAACAGUUCCGCGCCUGCAUCAUGGAGACGGUGUGCGGGCGGCCCAUGUCAGACGACUCCGACGUGUCCAGCUCGGCCCAGCGCACCGAGGUCUCCUCCGUGUCCUCCAGCCAGGUCGGCCCCAGCUGAGGGGCUCCGGCACCGCCCCAGCCCCCGGGACCCCCGGCUGCCCCCCAGCUGUCCCCCAGCUGCCCCCCGUGGGGCUGGCUCUGCCCUGGGGGCCGCGGGCCCCGGCCAGCCUAGGAUGUAGCGCGGGUGGGACAAUAAACCAUGGCCGCGGUCUGAGCGCAACGGGGACCCCUGAGCACCUGGGACUGUGGGACAGGGCACCCACGGCACGGGGACCCAGGGA